CACCGUUGUGUGUGUGUGUGUGUGUGUGUGUCUUCCUGUAAAUGUUUAACUCAAGUGUUUGUGCUGUGCUCAGAGUUUAGUCCCCGAGGAACCUCAGACUUGUUAACAAUGAGUUCAGCAGCGGGAGGCUCGUCUCUGCAGGUCCACGUGGUCCGGCUGGGCCCAGGUCAGGAGCUGCUGGGGUCUCUGCAGGCGUUGGUGGAGGAGAGGCGCCUCCGAGCGCCGUUCAUCAUCACCUGCGUGGGCAGCGUCACCAAGGCAACGCUCCGGCUGGCCAACGCCACGGCCACAAAUACAAAUGAGGUGAUCCAGCUCAGCGGGCGGUUCGAGAUCGUCUCCCUGGUGGGCACUCUGAACCAGGACGCCCACGUCCACAUCUGCCUAUCAGACGCCAAGGGCAAGACGGUCGGGGGUCACGUGCUGGGAGACCUGGAGGUGUUCACCACGGCCGAGGUGGUCGUGGGCGAGGCGGUCGGCCUGCACUUCGCCAGAGAGAUGGACGAACGGACGGGCUUCCCCGAGCUCGUGGUUCAACCGCGAAAGUCUGACAGUUGAAAGAGUAAAAAGAGGUUUACCAGAUA